AGCGGCUGUCACCGGGUGUCUGGCAGGAUCAGGCCCGCUCCCGGCUUAGUGUAAAGAGGUAGUGGAUACAUAGCUCGGACUCCCGAAUCACACAGCAUUCAGGUUGUUUCUACAAGGACUUGGGCCAGUGUUCGAUCAUCUAACUGGCUAAGUGAAGAUGAACAAGGACCGGAAUCAGAUGACAGAGAGGAUCUUGGACCUAACUUUGGAGAUCAUCUACCUGCUGACUGGAGAGGAUUAUAUAAUGAAGAAGCUUGUUGAGCAUGCAAAGACCAGCAGCAGUCCAUUCGUGUCAGGAGGAUUUUGUAACACUGAAAGCCCAACCAUGGUGCCUCCACCUCACUCACUCAUACGUGAGAGGCAAAAUGGACAGAAGAUCCUGAAACUGACCAAUAAGAUCGUCCAUCUGCUGACUGGAGAGGAAUGGGAGUAUUUAGGGCAGAAAGAUCAUUGCCAGGAUAUGAUCGAAAUUCACCAGACUUUCAGCUCACUGGGAGACAGUUCUGUGAGGAGGACUACAGCUGACCAAUAUCACAAACUUAUUUCUUCUCAGCAUUAUAUAUCGGAAGGUACAAAUAUUUGCACUUCUCAAAGACUGAAACAUUUCAGGUCUGACAGAAAAAGUGAGAUCACAUCAAUGAGGCAGGAGACAGCCUCAUACGCACAAAGAACUCUAAAAGACAGAGAUAUGUAUAGGUCUUCAGACCAUACUCCGAUUAAGGAGGAAUCCACCUCAUGUGAAGAGACAGAGAUCACAGACUGUAGCAUUUACAUACACCCGGAAAUUAAACUGACAGAAUAUCCAUCUACUCAUAUUAAAGAGGAACCCAAGUUUUGUGAAGAAGGAAAUCUCCCAGUGUCCAACAUUUACACACACACAGAACAUACACAGACAGAAUAUCCAUUCACUCAUAUUAAGGAGGAAUCGACUUUGUGUGAAGAAGAAAAUAACGUUGGGCAACUCUUCAUCACACAAAAUGGAAUUGUCGUAGAAAAACCAUUUGCUUGUUCUGAAUGUGGUAAAUGUUUCAGUCACAAGUCAGGUUUUAACAUCCAUCAGAGGAUUCAUACCGGUGAGAAACCAUAUCCUUGUUCUGAGUGUGGGAAAUGUUUUAUUAAAAAGUCUGAUCUUGUUCGCCAUCAGAGCAUUCACACUGGAGAGAAGCCUUUUUCCUGCACUGAAUGUGGGAAAAGUUUUAGUCAGAAGUCCAGUUUGAAGUCCCAUUUGAUGGUUCACACAGGAGAGAAACCAUUUUCUUGUUCCGAGUGUGGAAAACGGUUCAGUCAGAAGGCAAGUCUGUUAUCACAUUUGAGGACUCACACGGGAGAAAAACCAUAUUCUUGUACUCACUGUGGCAAAAAGUUUGGUCAGGAGUCAAGUCUUAAGUCACAUCUAAGGAUUCACCUUGGAGAUAAAAAGUGCAAUCUACUAUUUAAGAGGAAACUCGUAUGGGUUUCUUUUUAGUCAAUUAAUCAAUGAAAUCUAAUUUCUUAUAAAGUUUCAAAAGGUAACUGUGUGAGUUCAAACUUACUUUGACUAUUUUCCUACGCUGUGCAAGCCAAGUGAAAGGUAGGUUUGUCUUUAGAGCUUCUUUCUUGCCGGUCCAGCUGGUUUAUCUACUGAGAGGGUACAAGUUAAACCUCCGAAGAACUGAUUAGAGGACAGGGUGGUGGGGGGGAAGAAGAAAUGUUUCACAGCACUUUAUAUCUAGAUCCAAGUCUAUUUUACUUGCUAUUUAACGGGGAGUUAUUUGUAUUGUAGCUCUUGCUUUUGUCUUUUAAAGAACAAGAAGACACAGACCAUAUCCUGUAGUAAAUAAGAGAGUCUGGACCACAAACACAGAUCCACUCUUGAUCAGCUGAAAUAUAUUAUGGAUCUAGCGAAGGACAGGUCACAGCUGGACAGCAGGGAGGAUAUCAAUGUUUAUUACAGUUUUAUAUCUGUACAGUUGUUUCACUGAGUUGGCAGUUCUUCUAAAUGGUUCUUGUAGAAAGAUAGAGAGAGCUUUGAUCUCCAUCCAAAGGUUCGGUUUAGAUGCUGCAUUCUUCUGCUUUUUACACAGUACGUAGGCACAUUUAAACACUUUCACCUGCACAAAUACCUCUCUUUCAAACCAAAUAUGAUAUUUAAAACAUAUCUAUGCAGAUAUAAUAAAAAGAGGAGAUGAAACAAAUGGAAAUAAUAACAGAUUGCAUUGUGUCGAAUAACUCAUGUGUCCUCAGUUCUGUGGGAGCAUCCAAGGGUAGUACGAGAGUCCCAGUGUCCUGCUCCUUUGGGGUGGCCACGAACUGUGCAUGUGUGGCCAAACAGAAUAUCGGAAAUAAAAUCACACACGUGAUGAACCUUUCAAUAUGGAUUAUGUUUAAAUCACUAAUCUAGUCUGAUUCCAUAUCUGAUAAAUCACAAAAUAUAUAACAUUUUUACAUAUUGUAGUAAAAAUGAAGUAUUUGGUUCUUUAAAUUAUUGCAGUUUUGCUAUUUUAUUACUCCCCUAAAAUCACAAUGCUGGUCAUUGUAGUGAGCUAUAUGUAGAGAAAUGGGAUUAGUAACUGGUAUGCUGUGUUCCUACCAAUACAGGUAGAUUAACUAAUGGGAGAAAUUACAUCAUGUUUAAGGUUGAGGUCAUGUGGCUUUUAUUUCUGCUGACAAAAGUGUCUGGGUCCAUAUCAUCAUCCACAGAUAACUCUAUUGCAUACAUAAGUAGAAGGUGUAGACACGCCACUGCCCAUGUAAAAAUAGAAAAGUAGCUAUCUAGUAGAUAUACCCCCAAUGAAAACAUGCAUGCAUUCUGUACUCAUUGGAGGUAUAGCUACAAUCAGCCCUCCCCUUCCAACUCUGUCCAGACUUACUGUGUCUGUCCAAUCAGAGUCUUCCCAAUGCAGCUCAAUGAGAAGUCUUUACAAGGCAGGUGCUCUGGGCAAUUGCUGCCUUUUGAGUUUAGCUCCACUGAGCUAACCAAACCAGGAAGAAACAGGACAACCAGGGGUUGUAACAAGGUUAAUUUAUAAAUGUAACAGUUUUUAUGGAAAUCUACACUGUUUGAAAAAUAAAUAAAGAGGACACAUAAUGCACUUCAACAUGCGCUUUAGGGGUCUGGAGGGUCCCUUUAAUCUUCUUCCAAUAUGCCACUUUUCAGGGUACAACUGUGGACUUGGGAUAGAAGUCAUUUCUGU